UUGGAUGGUUUUGGAUACCCUGUCGACGCCUUACCAUUGCUGACCACUCUGCUCAAUGUUCACCACAAACAUUACCGAUCAUUAGUGGAACGAUUAACGCUGUUACAUCUUGAUCUAAUACAGAUUUCUAUUGAAGAUGAGCGACGAUGAUCGUGACAUUGAUAUCGAAAGUGAUGAUGGCGAUGAUUCGGAUUCAAGACUGAGGCACUCCAACAACACGCAAUACUACUCUCAGGCAGAGAAAAGAGCGCAUCAUAAUGCUUUGGAGCGCAAGCGACGAGACCAUAUCAAAGACAGCUUUUCCAGUCUCAGAGAUUGUGUACCAUCCCUGCAGGGAGAAAAAGUUGCAAGCAGAGCACAAAUCCUUAAAAAAGCAGCUGAGUAUAUUCAAUAUAUGCGGCGUAAAAACACAUCUCAUCAGCAAGAUAUUGAUGACCUCAAGAGACAAAAUAAUCUCUUAGAGUCUCAAAUUCGUUCAUUAGAAAAAGCCUCGCUUAAUGGCUACACAGAGACCUGUGAGGUCUCCACCAAGUCUGAAUCAGUGGACAUAAGUGGAUACAACGACACAGAGUCCGAGUCCUCCGACAGCGAGACUGGUCAAGCAAUUCGACAACCAAAAAAGCUAAAAGUUGCUAGCCUGCAUCAUUGACGACACUCCGUACUUUCUCAUUUCCUGAUACUUUAUUUUCAUAUGAUGAUCCGUCUUUCGAGAUAUUUGUAAGUGAUAUAAAUUGCGUGUGUAUUGUGCGAUCAUGCGUAGUUAGGUACUUAUUUAAGUAAAUCAUUAGUGAUGUUCUAUAGCAUAUUUGUAAUAUAGCAACAUUUUGAAAAGUGAGAAAUAUUCAAGAAUGGCGAAUACUGAUAUCUUGUAAUACUUAUGUUUACAACUUAAUGUAUAUAAAUACAUGUUAAGCAACAAUACUGUAUUAUUAAUAUAAAUUAUAUCCGUUGGUGAAUUUUUGGGAUAUCACAAAUAUAGUCUCCAUCUUUAAUUUCGGCAACAGUCUGUCUAUGAAUAAUCAUAAUUAUCAAUAAUUAUGUAA